AUGACUGCAGCCAUUCCAGUCCCAGUAACAAUACCUGCGAACUUAUACAAAUGCAAAACUAUGAAACAAGUGCAGCAAAUCCACGCUUACUUGAUCAAAACCAAUUUGGUUAAUCACACUUUCACUGUAAGCAAACUCAUUGCUUUUUGUGCUCUCUCUCGUCUCCCACAUAGCUUAGCCUACGCUUCUUCUGUAUUUAACAGAAUCAAUAGCCCCAAUUACUUUAUCUUUUACGUACUUAUAAAGGGUUGUUGUGAUAAUGGUGACCCGUUAGAAUCUAUUACUCUUUAUGUUCAUAUGCUUUCUUGUUUGAAUGAGUUGAAUGGAAUUUCAUUUUCUCUUCCUUGUGUGUUAAAAGCCUGUGGUAAAUUGAGUGCAAUUAAAGAAGGGCAGCAAGUUUUUGCCCAAGUCUUGAAAACUGAUUUGUUGUGUGAUCCAUUUGUGUCCAAUUCUGUGGUUAGAAUGUACUUAGAACUGGGGGAGAUUGAGUCGGCGAGACGCGUGUUUGAUAAAAUGCCUGAGAGAGAUUUGAUUUCUUGGAAUUCAAUGCUCUCGGGUUACUUGAGGGCGGGGGAGAUUGAGUUGGCAAGUAGGUUGUUUGAGGAGAUGCCUGAAAGGGACUUGGUUUCUUGUAAUGCGAUGAUUGAUGGAUAUGGUAAGUCUGGGAGCUGUGAGCUUGCUGAGGAGGUUUUUAGGAUGACGAGCGAAAAGGAUGUGGUUACUUGGACAUCAAUGAUUUCUGCGUAUGUGAGUAAUCAUCGUCCUAUUGAAGCAUUGGAUUUAUUUAGAGAGAUGUUGAGUCUAGGAGUUAAACCUGAUGUUCCUGCUAUUGUUAGUGUUCUUGCAGCCAUUGCUGAUUUGGGUUUCAUUGAAGAAGGGAAAUGGUUGCAUGCUUAUAUAUGUGCAAAUAAGAUGAAAUUGAGUUCUGGGUUCAUUGCAUCUGCGCUAAUAGAUAUGUACUCGAAAUGUGGUUACAUAGAGAAUGCAUAUGAUAUCUUUGGGAGAGUAUCGCGUGAAAGAAACAUUGGGGAUUGGAAUUCUAUGAUAUCUGGUCUUGCAAUCAAUGGCCUUGGUCAACAAGCCCUUGAAAUCUUUCUUGACUUGGAAAGGAUGGAUAUUAAGCCCGAUGAGAUUACUUUCGUGGGGCUCUUGAAUGCUUUCGGUCAUGCAGGUUUAGUCGAUGAGGGCCAAUUUUAUUUCAAAAUCAUGCAAGAGAAGUACAACAUUGUUCCUAAGCUUCAACACUAUGGAUGUCUGGUUGAUCUAUAUGGCAGGGCAGGAUAUUUAGCUGAUGCACUUGCAGUUAUACAACAUAUGCCUAUAGAGGCUGAUGUUUUAGCUUGGAAGUCUCUCCUUAGUGCCAGUGUGAAGCUCAGUAAUGUUGUCAUCGGUGAAAUUGCUGCCAUACAAGCAAUAAAGUUGGACCCAAAAGACUCAAGUAGUUAUGUUUUGCUAUCAAAUAUUUAUGCCAAGGCUGGAAGAUGGGAUGAUGUUAGCAAGGUUAGACUACUGAUGAAACACAGAGGUGUAAGAAAAAUUCCUGGGUGCAGUUCAAUCCUUAUAGAUGGGAAGGUUCAUCAAUUCCUCGUUGCAAAAGACAUGGAUUUAAGAUAUAAUAGUGAGAUUAUCGUAAAGAUAGAGCAGUUAGUUUCAAGGCUAAAGUUGGAAGGAUAUGAGCCUGACCUGAGUCAAGUUCUUCAAGAUGUUGAGGAGAAUAGUAAAGAAAGUUUGCUUUACCUUCAUAGUGAGAAGAUGGCACUAGCAUUUGGACUACUAAACACAAGCAAGGAUACUCCUAUUCACAUAGUAAAGAACCUUAGGAUUUGCUGCGACUGUCAUAGCUUCAUGAAGCUGGUUUCUAAGGUUUGUAGACAUCGCAUUAUUGUGAGAGAUCAAAAUCGUUUCCAUCAUUUUGACAAUGGUUCUUGUUCCUGCAAAGACUACUGGUGA